AUGAGCGCUAUGGCCACCACUAAUGGCUCUCCCCGGUUCCUCGCUUUUCCCCCAGAGAUCCGCAACAGUAUCUACCGACUGCUCCUUCGCCACCGAGCCGCCCUGAUGAAGGGACUGCAUGAAAAAGAACAAUGGUCAAGCUACCCAGUGAAGCUGAGCGCCCAAUUGCUCCGAACAUGCCGACAAGUCCGCGCCGAGGGCCUGCCCAUCCUCAACGGUGAAAACACAUUCAAAAUCGAGAUCUCCAACACCAAAGGCCCCUACUACUGCAGCAUCAACAGUCUGGAGGAGCUUUCUAAUGAGGUUUAUUUCCUCGAUAGGCGACCGCACAUGGCUGAGCGUCUGCCGUGCUUGCGAAGGUUUGAGAUUGAGGUUCGGCACACACUAGACCACGUGAUUUCGAUUGCGGGAUAG